ACACUGUAAGUAAUCUAAUCUAAUCUAAUCUAAACUGCAACAGCAGUGGCAGCAGGUUCAAUAGUAACUCGACAAUGAAAGGUUUGGAGGGCUGGGUGGAACAACAGUUGGGGGAAUGCAAUGGGCAGAACAGCUCUAAUGAGAAACCAGCAGAGACACAAGGGGCAGAACACUCUCAUUCUGUGCCAUACUGUUUCUGUCAUUUUCUAAAUUGUUAACACAUUUCAAUAAAUGUUUUGUUGCAUCUCUCCUCUCAGUCAGUUGGGGAAUCUAUAAAAGUGAAGUUGACUCCAUGUUCACACUUGAUUUCCAUAAGCAGGACUAUAUUCCUCCCUUCGAGAAGAAUCUAGAAUGAGGGUCGUGGUUUCAAAAUAAGGAGGCUCCCAUUUCAGGUGGAGGCUGUGACUUAACAAGGAACUCCCAUCAAUUGCAGCCAAUAUAUAGAGCUUCCUGUCUCCAAGAACCAUUCAAUUCCUGAUCCGUGUGAAGGAACUCCCUCACCCGCUAAGAAACAAUCAUGAAUGGACUGAGCAAGACUGAAGCUCUGAAUGACAGACCAGUGAUUGGGAUCUUAGCGCAGCACACCGUAGAUGAACUGACCGAGGUGGCAAAGACGUACGUAGCCAUUACCUACGUAAAGUACCUGGAAUCAGCUGGGAGCAGAGUGGUUCCCAUCAGGUUAUAUCUUACUGAGUCUGAGUAUGAGAAAAUAUUCCAUUCAAUUAAUGGGGUCUUGCUGCCAGGCGGAGCUGUGGACUUGCAGACGUCAGAAUAUGCCCGAGUCGCUGGCAUCUUCUACCGAUUGGCACUGAAGGCCUGUGACCAAGGUGAUUAUUUCCCAAUCUGGGGAACAUGUAUGGGGCAGCAGCAGCUGACCGUUUUGACAGCUGGAGAGGAUCUCCUAGUCCGGACUGACAGCUCCAACGUGGCAUUAACUCUGGAGUUUACUGAGGAAGGAAAAUCCAGUCGAAUGUUUAAAGGGUUUCCCUCCGAGCUGAUGGAAGUUUUAUCAAAGAAACCACUGACUGGAAAUUUCCACAAGUUCAGCAUCACAGAGCAGGCCUUUGUGUCCAAUGAGAAAUUGCUGUCGUUCUACAGACUCAUCUCCACCAGCAGAGACCGCCAGGGAGUCUCGUUUGUCUCCACAAUGGAAGCAUUUGCGUAUCCAUUCUAUGGCACUCAGUGGCAUCCUGAAGCAAACCGCUUCCUGUGGAAGGAGAGUUUGGCAGCUCCUCACUGUUCCUACGCAGUCAGGAUAUCCUACCUCUUGGCUGAAUUCUUCGUUAAUGAAGCGAGAAAGAACCUUCAUCAGUUUGAGACGAAGGAAGAGGAAGAAUCUGCUAUGAUUGACACUCACCAGCCAGUGUUUGUAGGUGACAAGAAUUCAUUUAGGAGCCUUUACUUCUUUGAUUAAGAAUGCAGCUCCCACCUCCGUCGUUGUCCCAGAGCCGCCACCAUUUUGCACAGUCACGUUGGAACCAGCAGGUUACUAGAGGGCGAUGCUCUGGGAUUGUGUCUUGUCCAAGAAUGAACUCUGUGUUUGCCCCUCCUCCUCCAUAAUACCCUGCCUGCAGAGUGACAACUUCCUCUGAGUGACUGUCAAUGUCAAGUUUGACUUUAGCAGGCGUUGUGGCUGAGUCAGGUCCUGGUGUGAGAUGGGCAAUCUACCUGGCUAAUGCUGAUUACACUGGAGGUGGCUGCAGAGAACUGGAUAAUAUCACAUAUACAGCUCAUCGCCAGAGAUCACCAGAUGUGGGCCAAUCGACACACUCAGGGAAUACAUUCAGAAAGCUGGCUUUUACUAUUCAGUCAAUACUUUGUGUCAGAGAAGCCACUUAAUAAAACCUGACGAUGAAA